AUGCGGGCUGGCAUAGUGUGCGGUGAUCUAACGGCUACUGUCGAGUUCAGUUUUGAGGCGGGCGGGCGGGCGGGCACGCAGGCGGGCGUCGGAGAGCCGCCUCAAAAUGGCGGAAUAGUGGUGGUUUUUGACUUUGAUCGGACGAUAAUAGACGGGGACAGCGACAGUUGGGUGGUGGCAGAGAUGGGCCUUUCCGACCUUUUCAAUCAGCUUCGCUCUACCUUACCUUGGAAUUCCCUCAUGGGUAGGAUGAUGAAAGAGCUUCAUUCCCAAGGGAAAACAGCUGAGGAGAUUGCGGCUUGCUUGAAACGGACUCCGUUACAUCCAAGAAUUGCUGCUGCUAUAAAAUCAGCCUAUGCGCUUGGAUGCGACUUGAGGAUAGUCAGUGACGCAAAUCAGUUCUUCAUCGAGAAAAUCUUGGAAUAUCAGGGUUUGUUGGCUUGCUUUUCAAAGAUCUAUACAAACCCAAGCUUUGUAGAUGAAGAAGGAAGGCUGAGGAUCUUUCCUUAUCAUGAUUCUACCUUAUCCGCACAUGGGUGCAGUCUAUGUCCUUCCAAUUUGUGCAAGGGCCUAGUACUCGACCAUAUCUAUGCUUCUGCUCCUGAAGGUGUAAGGCGGAAUUUUAUCUACCUGGGAGAUGGGAGGGGUGAUUACUGCCCCACUUUGAGGCUUCAAGACAGUGAUUACGUGAUGCCAAGGAAGAAGUAUCCUUUAUGGGACCGUAUUUUUAGUGAGCCAGCCCUCGUCAAAGCAGAAGUUCAUGAAUGGAGCAACGGUGAAGAGCUUGAGAAGAUCUUACUCCACCUUAUCGACAAAAUCCCUACGGAACAAAGCAUCAGCGGCAGCAAUCCUUCUUCUCAAUCGAACUCAUCUGAUUGCAAGCUCCACAUUUCAGUGUCUUCCCCUGAAUCAUUUACUCAAACACUCCGGGUUCCUCACUAGGUAGUGGUGGGAGUACGAAGUCAUACCAGAGACCCUUUAACAGUGGAGGGUGUUGUCGUAUUGCUGUCUAUUCUUACAAUCAGCUCAAGCAACAGUUGAUAAAUGUAGAAUUAUGCUUUAUCUUUGGGAUCAA